CGCAUGCAGCAAUGCCUCCAUCUUCUCUCUGUAUACUCUCUGGCUGUAUCUCCCUCCCUUGUGUUGGCACACUGCUGUCGAUCAAAAGGUCAUUCUGACUGGUAAGCCUUGUCAGUAAAGACAAAACAACCAAGCGAUAAAGGCUUUAACUUUGUUUUGCUGCUGAUAUACAGUAUCAGGAAUUUUAAUUUGGAUUCAGGUGUUGGUGUUGGAUCCUGUUUCAUUUUACUUAUUGUGGGAUCCGAGUUGUGUGGGAUUUCUUUGCUGGGACAGAAAACCUCCUUUCAUUCAUGCAUGGAAAUGAUGCUGACUUUUAUUAACACCUAUGUGCACUGAGGAGCCUUUACUACAGAAGAGCAAAGACUGCUUUCGAAGAGCCUAGUUCCAGCCGUUAGUGGCCCUAAAACUCUUACUGUUAGAACUCACAUCAUGAACACCACUGACAACAGAACGUGCCCAAUUACUUUUGGCCCCAUUAGCAAUGUGCUGAUGUCUAUCUACAUUGUGGUGUUUGUGAUCGGCGUCCUGGCCAACCUCUUGACCUUGGGACCCAUCAUCCAGCAAGUGCGCAGCCACAAUGUCCUUGGGGUGUACCUGCUGAACCUCUCUAUCUCUGACCUGCUCUACAUAUUCACCAUGCCACUAUGGAUCUACUACUACCACAUGGACCACAAGUGGGGUCUGGGGCACUUUGCGUGCCAUCUAGCAGGCUUCCUGUACUACUCCAACAUGUACGUCAGUAUCUACCUGUUGUGCUGUAUUUCCAUUGACCGCUGCUUGGCAGUAACCUACCCGCUGCGCGCCAAGGCCUUCCGCCGGAGUCGCUACGCAUGGCUGGUCUGUCUGUCAGUGGCUGUGUGCGUGAUGGGACUGCACCUGAUCAUGAUCCUAGUCAACCACAAGGAGGACGGCCAGAACAAGCGCUGCUACGAAAGCUACCCCCUCACCACCGCCAUCGCCCGUUUCAACUUCCUGCGUGUGGCCUUUGGUUUCCUGGCACCCCUGGUCAUCCUGAUCUUCUGCUAUACCCGCAUCUUCCACAAGGUGCGGCGCAGCAGUGUGGAGGACCGGGGCAAGCGCAAGGUCAAGCUGCUGUCCAUCGGCGUCAUUGUCAUUUUCUCCUUCUGCUUCGCCCCGUACCACAUCCUCCUUUUCCUGCGCACCCUCGUUUUCUCCCUCUACAAAGAGGGUAGCUGCACUUUCGAGAACCACGUGCACAUCUAUUUCACAACCUCCCUGGCUAUGUCCAGCCUGAACAGCGUGGUGGACCCUGUGCUGUACAUGCUGGUCAGCAAUGGCAUUUUGGAGGACAUGCGUCACUUCUGCUGGCAGAAAGUUCCUUUGGGACGCAAGAGCAUCACCUCACCCCCUCUCUCUCCCACCAACAUGACCUCCUUUACCCUUUGAGGCCUGUUGCUGUCCAGUCUGUGAGACUGCCUGCAACCUAUAGCCCACCUGGAGCUGGCAGCACAAAUCACUUGGUGCUGCUCAGUUCCUCUUUAGUUUUCCCCUUAAACGUUUGCUUGAGUUUAAGGGUGUUGUAUAGAGCUUCUGACGACCCUUAGUUAUAAGGAGAUACCUUGGACUUUAAAAAACACACUCAAGGGUGUAUUUCAUACUUCCUGAUGCUUUGUGCAGACUGCUACAAAAAGAAGGAUUUCUCAAUGUUAAGCUGCAAGUAAAUUAAUGCUGUUUGCUGGAAAUUAACACAUGUAAUUAUUUAUUACCUGGGGUAACAUAGUGAUACUGGUGAUGGUGAUGUUAAAUAACAUAACAAAAGACAGUAUUUCUCCAACCUAGUACUGGUGUUUUUUUUUAAUGUAGCUCUUACACGUUUAUACAUAAACUUAUUGUUUAAUGCUGAUUAUCCACAGGUUUCCUGAUUUUACAAUGGUUAUAAAAGACCUUUUGUGGAUGGAGCCAAAUUGAGAGCUGCUUGAAGAAUUGCACACAGCCAUGUGAAUGAUACGAAAAUGUCAGGGAUUGUGCUUCUGGGAUUUGUUGUUUGGAGGGUACAGCACUGGAUCUUUUAUUAACAGAAAAAUGGUUUAAUUAAUUAAAGGGGUUUGUCUGAAAGGUAAAAUGUGCUCCUUCUUUGAUCCAAACUGAUUGUUGCCUGUAUGGCCUUCCAAGAGUGGUAAAUGGCCAUCUGGCAUUUUUUUCACAUUCUAAACACUGUGCCAAUCAUAACCUUUUUACUACAGCAAAAAAGUAACAUUCGCACUUAUCUUCACUUUUGAAUGUAAUGAGGUCUGUAAUAAGUCUGUAUAUAAAGUUCAUGUAAGCUUUAACCAUAGUGCACUUUCUACAAUGGAAAAGUAACAUAUUUUCCAAAUGGCAAAGCUAAGAAAACAUGUAGUACUAAAGGGUGAAAUGUUUGUAUUGUUUAAAGAUGCUGACUAUUUUUUUAAUAAAGUUUCUC